GGCGGGGGAGGAGCGCUGCGGGCGCGCGCCGCCUGGCCCGGCGGAAAGUUUUCCUGGAGGAGUUUUGGCGGCGGCAGCGGCGGCAGAGGCAGCAGCGGCGGCGGCAACCAGAGCGGGCCAUGGACGCGCUCAAGUCGGCGGGGCGCGCGCUAAUCCGGAGCCCCAGUCUGGCCAAGCAGAGCUGGGCGGGCGGCCGGCACCGCAAGUUGCCAGAGAACUGGACGGACACUCGGGAGACACUGCUGGAGGGCAUGGUUUUCAGCCUCAAGUACCUUGGUAUGACAUUGGUGGAGAGGCCCAAGGGUGAGGAGCUGUCUGCAGCUGCUGUCAAGAGAAUCGUGGCUACGGCCAAGGCGAGCGGGAAGAAGCUGCAGAAGGUGACACUGAAGGUGUCACCCCGGGGGAUCAUCCUGACUGACAGCCUCACUAGCCAACUCAUUGAGAACGUGUCCAUUUACAGGAUCUCCUACUGCACCGCAGACAAGAUGCAUGACAAGGUGUUCGCAUACAUAGCCCAGAGCCAGCAGAACGAGAGCCUGGAGUGUCACGCCUUCCUCUGCACCAAGCGGAAAGUGGCACAAGCUGUCACCCUCACUGUAGCCCAAGCCUUCAAAGUUGCCUUUGAGUUUUGGCAGGUGUCCAAGGAAGAGAAAGAGAAGAGAGAGAAAGCCAACCAGGAGGGAGGAGACGUCCCAGGGACCCGACGUGACAGCACCCCCUCAUUGAAAACCUCGGUCGCUACUGGGAACCUGCUGGAUCUGGAAGAGCUGGCUAAGGCCCCGUUGUCCACAGUCAGCGCUAAUACUAAGAACAUGGACGACGCACCGCGGCCUCAAGUCUUGGGCAACAACAGCGUCGUCUGGGAGCUGGAUGACGGUCUGGAUGAAGCGUUUUCAAGGCUGGCGCAGUCACGGACAAACCCUCAAGUCCUGGACACUGGACUGACGGCACAGGAUAUCCAUUACGCACAGUGCUUAUCGCCCACCGACUGGGACAAGCCUGACAGCAGUGGCUUCGAUCAAGACGACGUCUUCAGCUUCUGAGGGCCUGAGGCUGGCAGUACACGGCUGGCCUAGCCAUGUGGUAGACCACCAGCCACCUGCAGCAGGACAGCCAGCCCCAGGAGCCAUCAGCUGCCUUUGGCCAGUGGCAUCAGAGCCUGCAGAUUCGAGUUGCACAGUCACGCAGGGAGAGGGGUUAGAAAGAUGCCUGGGGUAUCCGGUUGAUGACUCCUGGUUUAUGCUCAGAAACCAGGUUCGAUUCAGGUGCUCAUGGUGUGUGCAGGGCGGGGCUGGCCUCCUGGCCUCUCUCCUGGAGCCAGUGUCCCUUCCUGCUGUAGGUGUCCGGACAAUGACCAAAGUGUUGCUUGUUCCUCUUCUCUGGGGCAUCCUUACUCCUGAAGCAGUAGGAGCCUGUUGUUCUUUGUGUGCUGGACGGGACAUGGCUUUCAGGAAAGUCGGGGUCCUCAAGCUCGGCUUCCUCAGGGCCAAGUAGCUGAGGCUCUCAAAGAGGCAGCCCCUGACCAAAGACAUUUAAUCUGCACUUUAACUCACGUAAUGGACGUGGUUCGAGGUCCGUGAUGGUGCUCUGGGAGUAGAGUUUGCUUCCUGCCCUCCCUCCACAAGAGGGCCCCAGUCCCUGACAUGGUCCACAUAGUGCUAGGACCUAGUGUACCAGCUGACCACGACUCCAGAGUCACUGCAACCAUAGGGAUCUCCUUUGUGGCUCCUGGGAGCCCCCCAAACAGACAAAGCUGGGCCUGCUC